AAUCAAAUUUAUAUAUUUUCAUUUUCCUGAGCGCGUUCACAUUGAGAGAUUAGCAAUAAUAAAAAACCGGUAGAUAUAAAUUUACAGGCUACAAAAUGAGACCAGCAGGCACGUACAAACUGAGAUAUAUCUGUGUCUAUAUAUAUAUACACGCGUGUGUGUGUGUGGAUAACAGAGAGGGAGAGAGUGCAUUGUGAAUUGCAGCAAAAAUGAAAGGUGUAUCGAAGCCAUUAUCGAGCCCUAGCCGAGCGGAGAAGUUUCCGCCGCCGUUAAUGCGGUUCCUACGCAGCAACGUCGGCAGCCGGAGCCGCAGCAGGUCGCGGUCGAGCCCCAUGUUUUACCUCCGCGGUAGGAGAAGCGCCAUCGAAACCACACAGGAACCGUCCUCGCCCAAAGUCACCUGCAUCGGCCAAGUCCGCGUCCGCCGCUCCAAAGCCAGGAGAGCCGUCAACAAACGCCGCUGGUCGCUCAGGAAAAGCCUCUGCUUCGGAAACACUUCCGCGAAAUUCCUCCCCCGCCGCGCCAAGAAUCCAUUCGGCGGGAUGCUCUGCAAGUGCGGCUCGAUCUUCGGCUUGGGUUAUAGCAAGAAGGUCGAUUCCACCGACUCUUUUAGGGGUUUUUCCGAUUCGAGAAGCGGGAAAAUUGAAAACCUAGAUGCUGCUAACAAUGGACAUUGCAGUAGCAAUGAGAGCGAGCGAGAUUAUACGACUGGAUCUCUGGAAAGUAAACGGGGAUUUCUGGAACCUUCGUCGUCUUCUUCCCCGCCUAAAAAUGCGUUGAUGUUGACGAGGUGCAGAUCCGCUCCCUACAGAUCUUCGUCGUUGGGAGGUCGAUUUUGGGGCUCGCCGAUAGAAGAGAAAGACGACGAUAACGGUGGCAAAUCGGAUCAAGUACCAGCCAGCAGCAGCACUGUAGAAGAAGAAUUAGAACAGAGCUGCAAACAAAUGGAGAGUAGAGCUGAAGAAUUUAAGAAAAUUGGAGGCGGCGCUGUGCACCCACUGCUGCUAACGAGAUGUAAAUCGGAGCCGGCGAGAACGGGGGAAAGACUUGUUGCAGAAGCAAUUUUGUUGAGGCAAACAAGGUAAAGUAUGAUCUUUGAGCAAUAGUUGGGCUUCAAGAUUAUGUGGUGUCAUUUGGGAAUGUUCGUUCAUCGAGCAUGUAUCUACUCUCGCUAAAAGCUUGCUCGACCGCUACCAUUGAUGCCAGAACGGAAAAGAUCUUUUUUUGCCAUGAUAGCGAGAAUGGGAUACUGCCCUUUGCUUCAUUGACCACCAAUUUAAGACGUCGAGGUCAUUUGGCCCUGCAUUAAUUAAGUCCCUCCCCCCUUCCCCCUUUGGCUCCCUAAGGUAUUAUUCUAGUUCGGAAAAUUAAGGUUGACUACUAUGACUACCUUUAUUUGUGAAAAAAAUUUGAAGCAUUAGUCCUGC